AUGGCUUUCUUCAGCCACAAGGAGAUCGACUCGUGGAAUGGCAACUACAAAGAGACGAACCUCGACUGCGUUGGCUACACAGGCGCCGUCGUCGGCGUCCUUGGCGACCGGGCGAUUGUGCUCGGUGGGCGGGAGACGCCGGGCGAAGACUUCAACGAGAGCGCGCUCGUGCUUGUUUUUGAUCUAACGAGCGAGCGGAUCCUGUACGAUUACGACGUCCAGGGCCGCAUCUCCCGGCGCAUCGGCCACCGUCUUGCGGCGCUGCCGUCCAAGGCGUCGCUCUUUCUCUUUGGUGGCGAAGCUGUUUCGACCGACAAGCAUGCCUACGAGAGCUUGGACGACGUGUACAAGCUUCAACUGGACGCCAACGUCCUCACGAUCGAAGCGGUGCCGCGAAAGACCGAGGACGAGGCGCCGGCGCCGCGCGCGUGGCACUCGCUCACGCUUGUCAAGUACCGUCCCGCCCAAGACGCGACCAAGACGACCAAGGGCCAGGCCGCGCCGGUGGUCAGCGAGCCCGAGGAGGCGCUUUUGCUGCUCGGUGGCCGGAGCUCGGUGGCGCCAACGCACAUGAAAGAC